GAAAGCACAGAAACCAGCAGAUCGAAGCAGAGAGGAGAGAAGCAGAGAAAAGCAGAGAGAAGUAUGGCAUCCUGCUCUUUAUCUAAAGAUCUGACAUGUUCAGUCUGUCUGAGUAUCUUCACGGAUCCGGUGACCCUUUCCUGUGGACAUUCUUUCUGCAGAGAAUGCAUCACACUUUCUCUGAAAUCACUGAAUCAGUGUCCAGAAUGUAGGACGACUGUUCCUACAGACCGGAUGGAUUUCACAACAAAUCACAUCUUAAAAAAUCUUUCUGAAAAAGCAAAACAAGACAAGGAAUCUGGGAAACACUCUGAGGCUCCUGUGGGGUUUUGCUCUGAACACGACGAAAGGCUGAAGCUGUUCUGCGUCACCGAUCAGCAGCUAACGUGUCUCAUAUGCAGGGAUUGUGAAAAACAUCAAGGACACAAGUUUAAACCAAUCAAAGAAGCUGCUGCAUCAAUCAGAAAGGAGGUAGAGGCAUUUUUGGGAAAAGAUUUCCAUGAUUUCAGCAAGAUAGAAAAUCUUGCCAAGUCACAGAAUGAAGAAAUAAGAAAAACCGAAGAAAAGUCUCAGCAGCUGAGGACCCAGAUCAGUGGUCAGUUCCAGGAGAUGCACCAGUUCCUGAGAAGGAGAGAAGAUGAAAUAAUGAAUGAACUAAAUCAAAAAGAGGCUGAUGAGCUUAAGAAGAUGAGGGACGGGUUGGAGCUGGGGGAAAAGAUGAAAGCUAUUCUGGAGAUUACAGAGCCUGAGAUUUUACUGAAGUGUUGGUCAGGUGACAACAGUAUGAAAGCUCAAAAUCCCUUAAAUCUCCAGGUGGUGAAUUCGUCUUUGUCAUUGGGACUCUAUGAGAGCCACCUUCAGCUCUUUAUGUGGAAAGAAAUGCUUCAGUUGAUCCAGCCUAAAGCAAAGAAGCUUUCUUUAAAGAGAGAAGAUCCACCUGUUGGGCGACAACGAAGCUGUAGCUACAAUCAGUCAAGUGGUUAUGGACAAAGGUAUUCUAUAUGUGACUGUCAUCAUAACUACACCAGCUUACUGUCUCAAUACCAGAAAUACUGUAACCCAGGUCAAAACGACUAUUACCUUAGAAUAGAUAAGAUAGAGCGAGGGCCAAAUUACUGGGAGAUAGAUGUUAAGGAUAAGAGCAGUUGGACAAUACAUAUACAAAAUCAUUCUUUGACAUUUAUUAAUGACAAAUACACCAAAAAAACUAAUAAUAGAACUGAGUACCUGAACUUUGAAAAUAGACCUGAAACAAUUGGCAUUUAUUUUAACAGCAUCACCAAUCAGCUCCAGUUCUUUGAUGUAGACAAUAUGAAACACUUUUAAGGCAUUAACAGCCGUGCAAGAGUAGGAUAAAAUCUCCUCAUGCAAGAGCCUUACCACCAAAAGCAAACAUUCAAAGACUGUUGUUUCCUCUAAUGGUGACAAAGGAAGUGGUUUAGGGGUCAGUUUCAUUUUCACAUAGAGCCAGGCUGCUUGGGAGAGAUUGUUUUUCAUUAAAGAGCAAAAUCAUGUAAAAAUGCAUUAUAUGUAAAUAAAGCCUAAAUUUUCCUAUUAAGGUUUGCGUCAAUGUUCUGAGACUGAAAGCAAAAAAAAAAAAAAAUAAAACUCUGUUAGCAGGCAAAUUAAAUAAAAUAAAAUGUAUACUUCUCUUCUCAAUCUUUUAUUUUUAUUUUUUCUGUGGUUUUGUGAUGAUCUGGAGUUAAAAUUAAUGCAUGCAUUGCCUCAGCUUUGCUGUAGAUAAAUAGUGAGUCCUUUGAUUUUUUUUCCAUUCCUAUGGAAAGUAGAAGCAUUUAUGCAUUACUGAGCCUGAAAACUAUUUUUCAGUUUAUGAGCUAAAUUUGGAGGAAAACUCUUUGUCUGAAAUUAUCACAUAAAAUAAUCUGUUAUUAAUCUGUAUUGGUUGCUGUUGUAAGAAUGUGGAAUUAAAACAUUAAAUCUAAACUA